AUGGGAAGAAAGGAGUUCGCUACCAAGAUUAACCCUCCUUCAACCCGCCACGAGAGAACCCCUGAACCACAACAACUGCGGGAAGAACCACCGCCAAACCCACAACCGUCAGAACAGGCACCACCAGCCCCACCUAUGGUAUCCCUAGACACAAUGGCGGAGUUCCUCCGGUUACAAGAUCCGACGAGGAACUGGGCGACAGAGUUGGCGAAUUUCAACCUAGCCAGAGGACAAGGUCGUGUAACCGGAGCGAAUCCGACAGUGGCCAUAUCAGUAACAAGCGCUCAACCUACAUCGCCGCUUCCAUCUACUAUCCUGAUUUCCUCCACGAUUCCACAAGGAGAAAACCCUCUCGUCGAAGCCACAACAUCGGAGCCUGCAGAAUCCUCUCCGACUCAUCAAGAAAUGGAACCCAUGGAGGUUGAGGCCAUUGCGGCCUAUUAUGAUUCUGAUCCGGAGGAGAGAUCGGAAAGGUUGAGAAAGGAGAAGCAAGACCGAGAGGGAGGAGGUAUAGUGGAGGAAACGCCGGUUGUAGAACCCGUCCGUCAGGAAAUAGUGAGGGAGGAAAUAGAUCUAAACGAGUCAGCACGGAAGCGCAACCUCAUGACCGAUACAGAGUUCGAAGCGAUUGUGGAAGAAGUUACUCGUAGAGAAGAAGGCACUGCCUCGAUGCCAGAGGGUCAAGUCUCCCAGUCAAUAGGAGAAACAGAGGGAGUGCAGGAUGAAGUAAGAGAAACUGAGCCCGUGGAUUUCCAACCGGAAGCAGGGGACGAUGAAAUGCAAGUGGAGGAGGAAAGACCAGCAACAGAAAUCCAAGAAUCAGAACCAGUGGCACCACCAGUAAUCAAACCGAAGGCAGUAAAAAGGAAAUUGGUGUUGAAGGGCGAACCUAAGGCUAGACAGCCAAAGCCGCAAUCGCAACGAUGCUUAGGGAAGUGGGCAGCUAGUAAGAGGAUACUGCCAUAG